AUGAGAAAAGAGUUUAAGGAAUACAAUGAGAAGAACUUCCGGAACAUGCAAUUUAUUUACGAUUUUUUGGAUAAGAUUGGAAUGAAAAAUAGUUUGGAGGCGUUGAAGAACGAAAGCAAAAUAAAUUACGUAAAGGAGUAUGACAAGUAUUUUUUGGAGAAAGGCAGAAACCAGGACGCGGACAAGGAUGUGAACACUCGAGAUGAGGAAGUAGAUAACGAUUUAAGCAACAUCCCAAGUGACAAUCGAUGUGGAAACCGAAGUGAUAGCCUCAGUGACAGCCCCAGUGACAACCUCAGUGACAAUUUGAGCGACGACUUAGAAAUCGAUCGCGCCUUUUUUAUCCACACGAUUGAAAAAAUGAAGAAUACAGUUUUGUGUAAAGCUAUAGACAGCUUCGAAAGCGCAUUAAACUGUAGUAGCAGCAGUAGUCAGAAUGCGAGGGAAAGGGGUGAAAAAAGAACGGACAGUGCAGAAAAGGGAAACAGUUUCCAAAACAUGGAUACCUUUCCCGACUAUAAAAAAAGUUUCACAGCACCUUCAGCUGAUAACCGCGUAGGGAUAAAAAAAGAACAUAACGAAUGUAGUCAGGAUAGCGUUCAAAAUGAAGGUACAAAUCGGGGUGAACAUAUGGGAAUUUUUGACAAAAUAGAAGACGAGACCAAAAGCGACAUGGACAACGAUAGCAGCAAAGCUAAAGAUGCAUGCAUACUAAAAAAGGUGGCCGAAAAUGUGAAGGACAUAUCUUCGGUAGCGAAAAACCAUUUGAAAUUUCCCCUAUCAGUAAAUGGGAAAUUACCAGCGGGGGCAAGCAGCAAACUUGACUUAACCCUUAAUGGAAAACCGAGCGUUGAAGUGGAUGAAAAUGCGCCCAAAAAUGAGGCGAAGUUGGGCCAAGAAAAAAGGAGCAUUGACAAUUUCCCGUACAACUUUGAAAGCAUUGAGGGUGCACAUUGGCCCGUCGAGAAGGGAAAAAGUUGCUACUUGAGUGGCAAAAAGAGCAAGAGUCUCAAUGGGGAAAGCGGCAAAGGUGCAACGGGCAAAGUGGCAACGGGCAAAGCGGUAACGGGCAAAGCGGCAACAGGCAAAGCGCUAACUAGCAGCGCGGGAACGGACAGCCAUAAGGCAAGGGAUGUGCACAACUGGGACAGCUUCUUCACGUACGAACGGGAAAUCUGCAGAGAGUUAAAAGUAAAAUACAGCGGCGGCGCAAAAGGCAAAAGCGAAAACAACAACGGGGAUGACAACUACAUCGGAUCGACGUCCAACAUUUUAGUUGUAAAAUAUGUAGACAUUUAUAACCUGGAUACGUGCCAAAAUAUGAGAUUCGAGAAUAUCAUUUUUUUCAAAAACUUUUUCCCAAUCUUGCUUCUGGUAGGGUUCGCAGAUGGAAACGUGAAGCUUCUUUUAAUACUCUACGAGAAAAGCGACAAUGAACAUAACGCGGAGGAAUGCAUUCACAUAUGCAAAGAGUUGGACCAUCUAUCUUUAAGCUCACCCAUAAUGUUUAUCGAUAUUAACUACAAGGACAAUAUAUUUAUCGUGUCCACAAUGAAUGGAGAUAUAUAUAUAUGCAAAAUAAAUAUCAACCAUCUCUCCAUUUUAACGGAAAAUGUUGAAUUAAAUCACUCAAUUGAUGACAUAAAAAAUCAUGUAAAAACGGAGGAAAGGUAUAUUAGCAUUAUAAGAAAUUUAACGUAUCAUAAUAAGUACUCCAUCAAAUGUGUAUUUAAUGAGGAUUACUCACUUUUUUGUUCCAUAGCAAAUGAUAAGAAUUUAAUUAUUUACGAAAAAAUUACAAGUGAAAAUGAAAUGUCCGUAAUUUAUGAAAAAAAAAAAGUCAUAGGAUUGCCUGAAAUACCAACAAGUGUUUUGUGGGUCAAGGAAAAUCACAACAAAGAAAUGAUAAUCACCAGUAUGCUAAGCAGUAAUCAUGUCCUUUGUAUAAACAGCAAGACGUACAACGUAGAGAGUAAAAUUUACUUAUUUGAUGAAGCAGACAAAUAUAAUAUUCUCAAUUUAGAAUAUAAUAAAAAUAAAAACAUUUUGGUGAUAUGCACGGACACGUCCAACAUUUUUGUCUACUCCUUUGUUGACAUAAACGGAAAUAACAUUUACAUCACGUCAGACGAUAAAGCGAAUGGUACCCACAUUUUAAUUUUUGACAUAAAAAGCGGCAACAUUAUAGGCGUUAUAAAUAAUGGCUAUAAAAUCAGAUGCUUUCAAUUGUUAAAAAGUUACAUUUGCCCAUUUUCCAGUGAAACCAAUUCGAAUAACAUUGAGGAAAAUAAAAAAUCGUUGCUUAUCUUGGGAUCCUUUGACAAGAAAAUACAUUUUUACUCUAACUGA